AUGGCACCCCGCAUCCCCCUCCCCCGGACAUCCUUCCUCCGCCCUCAGCAGUCCCUAUCCACACGCUUCCUCCGCCAAUACGCAACCUCCACCUCCCAGCAAAAGCCCACGGUCCCUCCAAGCGAGCAAAACACCUCCCGCCACGACAUCGUAGUCGACAACCAAGAAAAUACCAAAACCGGCUUCGACAGCUGGGCCUCCGAGACCGCUGAUACAGCAUACUCGAAGCAGAACCUCGAUCCCGACGAGCACCGGGAGAAAGCUGCGAAGGAGAGCGAACAGAUCGGCCAAUCCACCAACCCCCUCGACGUCUCCCCGGCCAACAACGAAGUCAGCCAGGUCCGAGACGCGCAGAAAGAGGGUCUGGGCAUUGAUGCGCCGAAUAGCAAGAAAGUCUCGAGCGGGGGGAGUCCGAAGAAGGGCGCGCCGGGGAAGAAGUAUGAGAAAGAGGGGGAGAUUAAGGGGAUGGGGAGUACGAGGGGAAUGCAGUAG